UUGUCGGUGAGCACCAGCAUAGGAGGGAGAGGAGAAUAGACAACUCCUACACCGUGUUCUUUUGGAAACAGAACGGAGUGCUGUCUCUCUCUCUCUCUCUCUCUUCUUCCUCCGUUCUCUCUCUCCCUCUUCUCCUUCUCCUCCUCAAGCCUCUCUUCCUCAGUUGUAACCGUGGGGUUUCAUAGAGAGCUGUAGUACAGUAAGCGACGGUAACUAGAUACGAGCUCCGGGACAUUUCUCCCGGUCUCCAGAGCCUGAAUGUCAACCAGCGGCUCCAGCUCCUCUUCUCUGCGGAAAGACUUCGAUGUGAAGCAGAUCCUCCGGAGUCGAUGGAGGUGGUUCGGUCACCCGGCGGUUCCCCCGCCCCACAACCCCCCGCUAGGAGACUUCUUUACCGGGAGAGGAGCAGGGGCCAGCCCCGGAGAGUACCAGAGCCCCUCUGUUAGUGUCUGUUCUACCAGUAACGGAACCGUUAACGGCACCGGUACAGGAAAUAACUGCAUAGUAGCAGUUGGAACUAGCGGUAACGGUAGUUGUAGUGGUAAUAGUUCAUGCAACGCCAAUAACAGCAAGUUUACGGAUAAUUAUGUUGGGAGUCCCACUGAUAACCUCCCGGUAACAGCGUUUGCAGCCGCGGCAGCUGGACAUUCCUCUUGUCCGUGGGUCACCCGGUUGUCUGUUUCUCACUCUCGGCCGGUAACAGACAUAGAGCGCCCCGCGGACGGCUCAUCGCUCCUCCAACCGGCGGUACCGGAGGCGUCUGUUCCCGUAGCUGAAGAGGAGACGGGACUGACCGGAACAGAGAGUAAUAAUAACCACGACGACACUGCCUCCAGCUCCUGCAGGACUUCCAACAGCAGCGCAACGCUGUCCUCAUGUGUGUCGAUGGAACCGUGUGCGUCCCCCGACGAGUGUGUGUACACGGCUCACACACACGCAGACCUGACCUUCAGCAGGAUGGAGACCUACCUCCGAACCAAGCAGCUGUGUGACGUCACUCUGGUGGCAGGGGACAGGAGGAUACCUGCUCACAGACUGGUCCUGUCGUCGGUGUCUGACUACUUUGCGGCCAUGUUCACCAGUGAUGUCCGAGAGGCCAAACAGGAAGAGGUUAAGAUGGAGGGGGUGGACCCUGAUGCAUUGUGGGUGCUGGUACAAUACGCUUACACAGGUCGUGUGGAGUUGAGAGAGGACACUAUAGAGUGUAUAUUGUCAGUAUCAUGUCUCCUCCAGCUCCAGUCAGUCGUCCAGGCCUGCUGUAACUUCCUCAUCAAACAGCUCCACCCGUCUAACUGUCUGGGGAUACGCAGCUACGCAGACACACAGAGCUGUACACACCUCCACCACACUGCCCACAGCUACACCAUGGAGAAGUUUGUGGAGGUGGUUAAAGGUCAGGAGUUUCUCCUCCUCCCGCUAGACGAGAUGGACAGAUUGUUGUCCUCCGACGAUAUGAAUGUUCCAGACGAGGAAACCGUGGUUACAGCAUUGCUAAGCUGGGUCCGCCAUGACGUUUCCACCCGGCAACCACACCUGCCCUCGCUCCUCGCUCACAUACGACUGCCUUUACUGCAAGCACAGUUUCUAGCAGACCUGGAGUGUAACCCUCUGCUCCGAGACAGUGUGGAGAGUCAGAGGCUUUUAAUGGAAGGUAUGAAGUACCAUCUCCUGCCUCAUCGGCGCCCCCUGCUGCAGAGCCCCAGAACCAGACCUCGUAAAGCUACUGUAGGAGCCAUGUUCGCUGUUGGGGGUAUGGACGCUACCAAAGGAGCCACCAGUAUAGAGCAGUACUGCCUGCGUCGGGAUGCGUGGAGCCAGGUGGCGGUGUUGAGCGGGCGCAGACUCCAGUUCGGGGUGUGUGUGUUGGAUCGACGUCUCUACGUGGUCGGGGGUCGGGACGGACUGAAGACCCUCAACACCGUGGAGUGUUACGACCCAGACGGUGGCAGCUGGAGCGUCAUGACGCCCAUGUCCACACACAGACACGGGCUGGGUGAGGACAGAGAAUACGGGUUGUCUGGUGUGACAGUACUUGAGGGUCCAAUGUAUGCAGUAGGAGGGCAUGAUGGGUGGAGCUACCUCAGCACUGUAGAGAGGUGGGAUCCUCAGGCUCGUCAGUGGAGCUUCAUCGCCAGCAUGGCAACACCUCGAUCUACUGUAGGAGUAGCUGUACUCAGCGGAAAGUUGUAUGCAGUAGGGGGUCGUGAUGGAAGCUCCUGUCUACGCUCCGUUGAGUGUUUUGAUCCCCACACCAACAGGUGGAGCUGCUGCGCUCCGAUGGCGAAGCGUCGUGGCGGGGUGGGCGUGGCUACCUGGAACGGUUUCCUGUACGCUAUUGGAGGACAUGACGCUCCCGCCUCCAGCCUGGCAUCACGACUCAGCGACUGUGUGGAGAGGUACGACCCCCAGGCGGAUGCGUGGACGGCGGUAGCCCCCAUGAGCGUCAGUCGUGACGCUGUCGGUGUGUGUCUCCUUGGAGACCGUCUCUAUGCGGUCGGUGGUUACGAUGGAACGGUGUACCUGAACACUGUUGAGGCCUACGAUCCCCAGACCAACGAGUGGACACAGGUGGCUCCACUGUGUCUGGGCCGGGCUGGGGCCUGUGUGGUGGCUGUCAAACUGUGAACACUCACACACCUGAACAAACCUGAACACUCACACACCUGAAUACACCUGAACACACCUGAACACUUUUUGGAACCUCCCCAUUCCUCCUUGUCUCCAGGGUUACCUCCAUUGGGAGUUUAACUGUAACAUUCCACUAAAACCAGGAGGACAUUAUAGACAUUUAGUUGGAGAGGAGAUUACUGACUACAGAUUGAAGAGCUCUCUCUCUCUGUCUCUCUCUCUCUCUGUCUCUCUCCUCCCCGCUCUCUCCUCUCCUCUCUCUCUGUCUGUCUCUCUCCUCCCCUCUCUGUCUCUCUCCUCCCCGCUCUCUCUCUGUCUCUCUCCUCCUGUCGGUGACGAAUUUAGUCAGCCUGUCGGUGAGAGGAAUUUAGUCAGCCUGUCGGUGUGAGGAAUUUAGUCAGCCUGUCGGUGUGAGGAAUUUAGUCAGCCUGUCGGUGAGGAAUUCAGUCAGCCUGUCGGUGAGGAAUUCAGUCAGCCUGUCUCUCUCUCUCUCUCUCUCUCUCUCUCUCCCUCCGUCUCUCUCUCUCAUCCCUCCGUCUCUCCAUCUCUCUCUCUCUCUCUGUGUCUCUCUCUCUCUCUCUCUCUCUCUCAUCUCCUCUCUCUCAUCUCCUCCCUCUCAUUUGUCAGAGAGGAGAUAGAUUGUGUUUUGACAUAAUCAGUCCAAGUAGCAGACAGUGUUAUUGGACUGUACUCUGACAGGAAGCUACUCAAUUCACCUCAACUGCCUGAACAACAGAUAAGAGCUGUGUGUGUGUGUGUGUGUGUGUGUGUGUGUGUGUGUUUUUAAAGAGAAUAUUCUGGUCUCCUGA